AUGGCAUCGUCUUCAUCAUCAACAUCAUUCAAACCACCCGCCUCGUUCCUCGAGCUCGUCUCGACCUCAUCGCUCAACUACCGCGAAUGCGCCCUGCUGGGGAUCAUGGCGCAGAUCUCGCACGUCGCUGCGCCUGUGUCCAGCCCUGGUAGUGGUGGUAAACCCACGACGGGCGCUGAUGCUGACGGUGGUGCGACGCUCGAAGAAUACGUCGCCACGGCCCUUCACUACGGGGCCACCGAGUCCGAGAUCCACAACGUCGUGUUCCAGUCCAGCGCCAGCAUCGGGGCUGCCAGGGCCGUGGCGGUGCGGGCCCGCGUCGAGGACGCGCUCAAGAAGUCGUUGUCAUCGUCGCUUCGGGCAGGGCUGCAUCACUUGGAGAAGGAGGUGUUGGUCGGCGGAGGAGGGACUGGUAGUCACAAGACGGUGGUGCGCGACUCGGAUCCCCAGAACACGCGCGGGGUUGUCCCUAUCGUGCUCAUCCACGCCUUGGCUCUGGAUCGGAGGAUGUGGGAUGCCGUCUUUGCGAGUCUUGCCGCCGCGAGCAGCAGCGGAGACAGUCCCCUACGCAUCAUAUCCUACGACAUGCGCGGGCACGGAUACGCCGCCCACGCCCCGUCGGCGCAGUCCCUCACACAGCUCGCCGACGACCUGCACAGCAUCCUGGAGAGGCUGCACAUUCCUCGGGCGGACGUCUACGGACAGUCCUACGGCGGGGCUGUGGCGCAGUACUUUGCACUGAAAUACCCGCAGUCGACACGUUCUCUCGGCCUCAUCACCACCGCUGGCGAAGCGCAACCCUCGUGGAUCACGCGGGCCACACGCGCCGAAGAGGCCGGCUCCGUGCUGCCCCUGCUCCCCGAGACUCUAAUGCGAUGGUUCACACCGGCGGCGAUCGCGCGCAACGAAUGGGGGGUGCGGUACGCGCGGUCGUGCGUCGAGCGCAUCUCGGUGCAGGACUGGGGGGACGCGUGGCGGUGCAUGUCAGGGUUGGACACGCUGGACCAGCUGCGGCAGAGCGGUAGACUGAAAUGUCCCGUGCUCCUGGUCUGUGGGGUGCAGGACCUGAGCACCGGGCCCCAAUGGAUGACCCGGCUGAAGGAGGCAUGUGAGAAGGGUGGUGGAGGUGGCGGGGGGUUGGUCGUGUACAAGGAGGUCGAUCCGGGGGUGCAUAUGAUGGCGCUGGAGCAGGGGGAGGCGUUGACGAGGGAGAUCUUGGAGUUUCGGCGGAGGGUGGAUCGAGAGGGUGUGUGA